AUGGGUGUUGGCUCUAACAAUUCGCAUUGGUCUCAAACCAAUGACAUGCACUUUGAGGACCAUGAGUUCGAGGUGGACGAGGAUGGUGAGGGCAUUGUCGACGCACCGAAAGGAAGAGCAGGCAACUACACCAACACAGAAGACAUCUUACUAUGCAAUACUUGGUUGCAAGUGUCGAGGGAUCCAUCCGUUGGAGGUGAUCAAAGUAGAGAUGCUUAUUGGGACCGGAUGAAGGAACACUUUGAUGUUCGCAACGUGAGUGGAAUUGACCGCUCCGAACGAUCUCUUCGGUCCCGGUGGUCGACAAUCAACAAGGAUUGUCAAAAGUGGGCGGCCGCACAAAAGACGGUUGACAAGUUGAACCCAAGUGGCACCAAUGAGGACGAUAGAUUUAACAUUGCACAAAACUUGUUCAAAGGAGAGGAGAAGAGGACCAAGAAGGGGAAGAUCAAGAAAGGAAGGCCAUUUACCUUGCCUCAUUGCUAUGAGGUGUUAAAGGAUGAUGAGAAAUGGAAGAAGCGUGAUGAUUUGGAUUUGAGAAACAAACGCAAGCGAACAAUUGAGUUGGAUGAUGAGGAGGAGGAGGAGGAGGAUGCAUCAAGUGAUGAGGGCAAGAGAAGCCCCACACCCAACUCGGUUUCAUACUCGAAGCCAAAACGACCAGAUGGAACCAAGAAAGACGCAAAAGAAAAGAAGAAGAGGAAAGGAGAUGAUGAGCUCAGAAAUGCUAUGGAAGCUAUUGUGAAGGCAAGAAAAGAAGCCAACGAGGUGAGGAAAAUGGCAAGGAACCAAGAUGUCGCGGCCGAGGAGAGGAGGUUGGGGGCCGAGGAGAGGAGGGUGGCGGCCGAGGAGAGGAAGGUGGCUUUGGAGGAGAGGAAGGAGAUGGCUACAGGGUACGAGAUUGUCAGGAGGGCACCUGAUAACAGGCAUAUACUUGUGCUGUAA